UUAGCACAAAUCGGAACCGGAAGGGCGAGAAAACCAGGAAAAGGAGAAAUUUGAAAAACGACACAAAAGACCGCUGCUGAGUGCUAUUAUCACUUCACUCUCUCUUGUUUCGGGUCUCUGUACCGAAGACGACAUCUUAACGGUUCGCCGUGCCAUUUCGGCGACGCUGAUUUGUCCCUGCGCCGGAGAUCUUAGCGAGUCGUCGACGGUUUCUUGAUCUCUAGACUUCCAGUGCUAACUCUCAUUUGUUCAUACUAAUUCUUUUUUCCUCUUUUCUCCAUAUCAGUUCGGGGGAAAUAGUAAUAAUAAUCAUCAAGAGGUAUACAAAAUGAUUGGAUCAUUUCUUACAAGAGGACUUGUGAUGGUUUUUGGCUAUGCCUAUCCUGCUUAUGAAUGCUAUAAGACUGUUGAAAAGAAUAAGCCAGAAAUUGAGCAUCUUCGAUUUUGGUGCCAAUACUGGAUUUUGGUGGCUGUGUUGACAGUUUGCGAGAGAAUUGGAGAUGCUUUUAUUUCAUGGGUUCCAAUGUACAGUGAGGCUAAGCUGGCAUUUUUCAUUUACUUGUGGUACCCUAAGACUAAGGGAACGACCUAUGUUUAUGAUUCCUUCUUUAGACCAUAUGUCGCAAAGCAUGAGAAUGAAAUUGAUCGCAACUUGUUGGAACUAAGAACUAGAGCUGGAGAUAUGGCAAUUAUAUACUGGCAAAGGGCUGCAAGCUAUGGUCAGACAAGAGUUUUUGAGAUUUUGCAGUAUAUUGCUUCACAGUCAACUCCCAGGUCUCAGCCACAACGUCAAGGUGCCAGGGCGCACCCACCUGCUGUUGCUCCAAAUCUUCAACCUUCUGGGAACCGUCCGCCAGCUGCAGCAGAACCAGAGACUGAAGAACCUCCAUCCCCCACUUCUAGCACAUCUUCGAGUCAACACCCAAUGGAAACAGCAGAAGAUGUGGCUCCUUCACAAGUACAAGAAGCAACUCCUCCUGCAGCAGCUUCAAAUGCCCAAAAUGCUCCUCCUUUGGCUUCCAAUGCUCAAAAAGCGAAUGCUACCACAUCUGGAACUUCCAGCCAGUCUUCAGCAACCAAGGCAGAAGCAAUGCAAGUUGAAGCAGCGCCUUCAUCAACAAAUGAAAAUGCAAACCCUCCCGUGAAAGAGACUAACAUGGAUGAAGCCAUUCGUGUAACUCGUGCCAGAUUGAGGAAAAGCCGUUCUGGACCAAAAAGUUAAGACUGGUUUCAGACCUCUCCCAAUUUUAGCUUACAGAACUAGAAGUUAAUCAGGUGGAUGGUGAUGGGUAUCUGAGCAUUGUUGUUAACAUUGAUGUAAAUUUGUUGUCUUCCGGUUUUCUCAUUUCAUUUGUUGCUUUAUUUUUUGAAAAUGAAUUGGCAGAUGAAGGGUCUUGAAUUGACAGGAGACUAUUGAUGCAACUUUAGAAAUGAUAAAAGUGAAGAUAUUGAAACAUGAAGUUGGAAGGGUGCUUUUGGUUCUGGGGGCCACUUGGUGUUGCAUAUAUCAAAAUUUGUAAUGUGGCUGGAAGAUGAACUCAACUGUUAUCUUCUACCAAUUCAGUUUGUAUAGUUUAUGCAUAGUUUGAACUACUUGCAUUGUGAGUUUUCAAGAAAUACGAAAUAGGUUUCACAAGA